CAGCAAAACCAUCAGCCUCGGCUGAAGGCUCUCCUCCUUCUCUCCUCCUCUCCUCCUACUCUCCUCUCCUUUCCUCUCCUCCUCCUCCAUCCAUCCGCGCCCCGCAGCGCGCAUCUCCUGACCAGCACGCCAGCAGCUCAGCUCGCCCCCUCCUCUUGCACAUUUGUCCAUCCUUUAUGCUCUCCGAAGAGGAGGAGGAGGUGGAGGGGGAGAUUUCUCUGCUCCUGUUUGGUCCUGGAGGGGAGGAGCCACUUUUAGUCGCUGGUGCGUUGCGAAGAGACGCCGCUGCACGGGGAGGCUUAAGGACUGCUGACAGUGGAAAUGAGACCUACAACGCUGAUGGACAGUUCAACAGCUAAGGAUUCAUUUUACACCGUGUGAACUGCAGUGGAUGUGGGACAGGAAACAGAAAACACAAGAGCCAUCCAGCUCCAAGUCUCUGAGCUGUGAGGGCUCUCACCGUGCUCAUCUGCCCGUAAACAAACACAAGCACUCAAGCUUCUGCAUCCUUCUCAUGGUCGUUGGGCUGACUUCCUCUGCUGCGUCUCCUGUUCUCGUUCUUGACCAUGAAGAGGCCCAAGCAGCAGACGGGGCCCCUGAGUUUCCUAAACUUCUUCAGUCGAAAGCCCAAAUCGGAGCCAAAGUCCGAGAGGCCUGUGGAGGCCUGGCCCAAAGAGGAGGUGGCUAUAACCCUAACCCCGAGCGAGCAUCCAGAGCAGAAUCUCAGCGCUGCAGCAGAAGAUGCUGGAGAAUCAAGAGCCCCUGGAGCCGAAAGAGGAGACGGAGGAGAUCCACCAGCAGCAGCAGCAGCCGCGGUGGGCGAAAGCGAGGGAGCCGCAGGACAAUGUGUGGGCGGGGCCAGCAGCGGCUCCACCGGCGUCAUGUCCCUCUCAUCCUCCAGCCAGGAGCAGCUAUUGGAUGAACACUUGGAAGAGUGCCCGCUGUGCCUGCUGAGUCAACCGCGUUGCCACUUCCCGCGACUCACUUCCUGUUCCCACAGGGCAUGUUCCGACUGCCUCCGCCAGUACCUGCGCAUCGAGAUAUCAGAGAGCAGGGUGGGCAUCGCAUGCCCUCAGUGUCCUGAGACGCUAGCGCCACUGGAUGUUCGUGCCAUCCUGGAUGACCAGGCACUGCUGGAGAGGUUUGAGGAGUAUCAGCUGAGGCGGUUUCUCGCUUCUGAUCCUGAUACACGCUGGUGUCCUGCGCCUGACUGCAGCUAUGCAGUGAUCGCUAAUGGCUGCGCCGAGUGUCCAAAGCUGAGUUGUGGCCGCGAUGGAUGCGACACCGAGUUCUGCUACCACUGUCGGCAACUGUGGCACCCUAACCAAACCUGUGACCAGGCCCGGCGUCAGCGUGCUCGCCACACCUCAGGCAGCAAUGAUGCCUCCGCAAUGUACGUCUUCAAUGAAGAACCCGGAGGAGAUGCAGAGGAGAUCAAAGCGUGCCCUCGCUGUGGUGCCUACAUCAUGAAGACCAAUGAUGGCAGCUGUAACCGCAUGAACUGCACUGUAUGUGCCUGUCAAUUCUGCUGGCUGUGUAUGCAGGAGAUCACCGACGUGCACUACCUCAGUCCCUCAGGAUGUACAUUUUGGGGGAAGAAGCCAUGGUCUCAAACCCGCAAGGUACUGUGGCAGGUGGGCAUGUUGCUCGGAGCACCUGUGGUCAUCUCGCUUAUAGCGGGCAUUGCCAUCCCAGUCAUCAUUGUGGGCAUACCCAUCUACAUGGGCCGCAAGGUCCAUGGUCGUUGUAAGAAAAACAAUAUCUCAGGAAGUAAGCACUACUUGACUGUGGCAAGCGGGGUGAUGAUGUCAGUGUUUGUGUCGCCGGUCAUAGCAGCUGUCACUGUGGGUGUGGGUGUACCUCUAAUGCUGACUUAUGUCUAUGGGGUCGUUCCUAUGUCGCUCUGUAGGAACGGCUGGUGUCGAGCGCAGAGCGAGCCGCCUGAAGUUCAUAAAAUCCAACUCGAAGACUUGGCCAGCUAUCUUCUAUUCUCUCAUGUAGUCAGUGAUCACUGGACGGGUCAGAACAACCCAACGCUCAGUGACACCAGCGUCCAGGAAGUCAGAGUUAAUGUGCAGGAAGUCAGUGUCCUUCCAAGUACGAGCACCACGCCCCCAGAGCUCGAUCAAUAUGUGGCGUCGGAUGCAGCAACACAAUGCCAUGGUUACACCCAGCAGGACAGCCAGUCUGACUGCGAGGUGGUUAUUGUGCCUGAAAACAAGCUUGAUGACACAGAAGCAACUACUCUGAAGGAAGGAACUAAUAUUGAAGUCCGUGUGGAAAUUGAAACCCAUCCCAGAGGUGCCCGCCAGUCCAGCCUAAGUAGCAUCCUGUCUAGCCGAAGCCUGUCAGCAGAAUCACUGGGAAAAUCGCACUCCCAAGACUACCAGUGUGCCUCAGAACUGGAGGAAAGAAGGGAGGGGAGAGGGAGACAGCGGGGAGAGCAGGAGGGGAGAGAGAAACCGGGAGGGCCUGCAGGAGCGGACGAAGAGACAGUCCUCCACGUCUUCGAAAUAGUCGACGUAUGAGGUGCUGCAGUGCAGCUUUUGUACUUGGUUGAAGAUUCGGCCGGGUUUCGGGGGGGACGCCGAAAUCCGUGAGCUGACGUGCCACUGGGACUGACCACGAGAAUCAUCAGCCAAGGUGACCUUCUGCUUCCAAGACGGACCCUCUCACCAGAUGCCUUCUAGCUCCACCCCCUGAAGAAGAUGCAGUUCCGAAGAGAGAAAAUGAUAAAGAUUAAUGUGUGUUUGUGUGUGAAUGAGCGUAAGACUAUGAUAAAAUUACUGGAGGGCUAUGAACUGUUAGGCAGAAAGAGAGAGAGCAUGAUAGCUGUCUAGUUCAGACUGUUUCUUUUCUUUAUCCUUUUUUUUUUAAUCCUUUCUGAAACUACCUUGCUCUCCCCCAAUUAUAAAUCUAUUUCUUAAAUCCCUCUCUUCAUCCGGUUGUUUUGUUUUAGCCACCUUACCUCCCUCCUUUCUCUCCUGCACAACUAAAGAGACCAUUGCAAGCGUGAUUUCUUCUGUUUUGCAAGGGGAGACUGAGAAUCUAUUAACUGUAUUAUCAGUGAAGUAAUAUAAAAUCUUUCACAAGCCAUGCUGCAAAACAGGAGUAUUUUUUUUUCUAUCUGAAGUAAAAUUUCCUUGAUUUUUAAGAUGCAGUGCUCACAAAUGAAUUGUGCAACUUUAACAGAUGAUGCAUGCUGCACUGUUUGAUUAUUCUUGUGAAAGAAAAAUGCAAUGGAAAAUGAACCCGAAACAGUUUAAGCGCACACCUGUGGCUGCUGUUAUGUACUGGACUUAGACAUGCUCUGUGACAACGUGGCAGGGAUGAAGUUGACUAGAGGGCUUACAAGUACCAGGAAUUAUAACUUAUAAUCAGAUCUACAGUCUUCCAUGGAAAAAGUUGGUGGGGGAUAAAAAGUUUUGCAUCGUUCUAGUGCAGCUUUCAGCUUUUGAGGGGACGUCUCUUUUUAAAUCCUAGAGAGAGAUGUGUCUUUAGUUUGUUAAAAAUGCUCACCCUGAUGCAGGACCACAUUGCAAGCGAUGCCACAGUCUCAACUUUGAAAGCUUCAACAUUCAACAAAUCGGUGUGCAUCCACAAUAAAACACAUGCUGAGAGCAUUGAAAUAUAGACUAAAGUCUCUCUGAAGUAGUCACAGAGCACUGAAAUUACAACAGCAGCAUGCUACCGCAGCCUAAACUGUAAAAACAACCCUGGAGACAAUUUUGUGAGAUAUUCAUGACUAUAAAGUACAUGCACUGCUUUGCUUCAUGAGUGUUAAAUAACUGUGAGGUGAACUUGGAUUUGAAAUGAGAAAUUAUGUCGGGUUAUGUAGAAAAACUGAAUAAAGAGUUCACCUUGAAG